GAGAGAGAGAGAGAGAGAGAGAGAGAGAGAGAGAGAUACUAGGAGCACGUCUGUUUUUACUCCACUCCACACAGUGAGGCUGGAGAGAGCUCAUGCCACAGAGUUGAUGAGGUGGAUAGCUGCUUGUUCACACCACACCGUGUGUACAGAGAUAAAGAGAGGAGGAAGACAAGCGAGAGCACAGGAAAAUAAAGCAGCAGGAUUUUUUCUGUGGUUAUUUUUUCUCUGCUGUCAAGAGAGACAGACAGACACGGGACGAGAGGAAAAGCAGUCUUUUAGAAAACCCUUACUGCAUGGGACACCUACCUCGUUCUGAUCCUGGGUUUACUUCUGCCUGGAAGUGAGGAGAAGUCAUUUGUUGGAAUCUAGGAGCUCAGGUGCUUUGGAGCUUGUAGGAUUUCUAUAGUACUGGACCAAGACUACAGUACUGGACCAAGAUUACAGUACUGGACCAAGACUACAGUACUGAACCAAGACUACAGUACUGAACCAAGAUUACAGUACUGGACCAAGACUACAGUACUGAACCAAGAUUACAGUACUGGACCAAGACUACUGCUCUGAACCAAGACUACAGUACUGGACCAAGACUACUGCUCUGAACCAAGACUACCGUACUGAACCAAGACUACAGUACUGAGCCAAGACUACAGUACUGAGCCAAGACUACAGUACUAGAUCAAGACGGGACAGUAUGGGCAGUGGAGCAGCUCAGUAGCGUCUGUUUGUUUACUCAGGCUGGACGGUGAGUAAGAGUGGGAUGUGACUGAAGGACUGACUGUUGAUGGUUUGGUCUGUGUGGUCGUCUCAUACAAUCUUGUAUCGUCUUAUCCAAUCCCUGCCAAGGACUGUUAUCUUCUUGACCAAUCCCUGUCCAGGACAGUUAUCCUCUUGACCAAUCCCUGUCCAGGACUGUUAUCCUCUGGACCAAUCCAUUUUGAGGAGUUUUAUCCUGGUAAAAAUCACAGAGGAUAAUGCAUAUCCUUCCCCCUCUGGAGAGAGAAGAAGGCACCAUGAGCAACGUCACCGUCACCGACAACGCAGCCGAGCCCAUCAGCAGAACCAUGUCUCCAGCCACGCCCUACCCCUACCCCAUCUCCUUCCAGGUGUCCCUGACCGGCUUCCUGAUGCUGGAGAUCGUGCUGGGCCUGAGCUCCAACCUCACCGUGCUGGCCCUGUACUGCAUGAAGUCCAACCUGAUCUCCUCGGUCUCCAACAUCGUCACCAUGAACCUUCACGUCCUGGAUGUGUUAGUGUGUGUCUGCUGUAUCCCACUGACCAUGGUGGUGUUGUUGUUGUCUCUCGAGGGGGAUACAGCCUUGGUUUGUUGCUUCCACGAGGCCUGUGUGUCGUUCGCUAGUGUCGGCACGGCAGCCAACGUACUCGCCAUUACCCUGGACCGGUACGACAUCUCUGUGAAACCGGCGAAUAGAGUCCUAACGAUGGGCCGCGCCCUGGCUCUGCUGGCCACCAUUUGGGUGCUGUCGUUCCUCAGUUUCCUGGUGCCUUUCAUGGAGGUGGGGUUCUUUGCCCCAGGCCAGUCGGAGCUGAACCAGACUCUAGCGGAUGUAGUCACAGUGGCCCACACCAACCAAUACUACACAGAGUUAGGACUCUACUAUCACCUACUGGUCCAGAUCCCCAUCUUCUUCUUCACUGCUGUUGUGAUGCUCGUCACCUAUUCCAAGAUCCUCCAGGCGCUCAACAUCCGCAUUGGGACACGCUUUCACACAGCAUCGCAGAAGAAGAAGGCCAGGAGGAAAAAACGUCCCUCCAUGACGGCUAUGACGUCACAGGCGAUGGACGGGGCCACGGGCCCAUCCGAGCCCAGCGGCCGCGCUCUCCCCCCGAUGGGCAUGCGGACCUCCGUCUCCCUCAUCAUUGCGUUGAGACGAGCGGUUAAACGCCACCGGGAGCGACGAGAACGCCAGAAACGAGUCUUCAGGAUGUCGCUGCUCAUCGUGUCGACCUUCCUGCUCUGCUGGACUCCCAUAACCGUCCUCAACACGGUCAUCUUGACCGUAGGCCCCAGCGACUUCACGGUCAAGCUGCGGUUGGGCUUCCUGGUCAUGGCGUACGGGACGACCAUCUUCCAUCCGCUUCUCUACGCCUUCACCAGGCAGAAGUUCCAGAAGGUUCUGAAGAGUAAGAUGAAGAAGAGGGUGGUGAGCAUCAUAGAGGCCGACCCGCUGCCCAACAACGCGGUCAUAAGUAACUCCUGGAUUGACCCCAAAAGGAACAAGAAGGUCACCAUCAACGAGGACGCCGAGGCCAGGCAAAAAUGUCUGCAGUCUUCAGAGGAUGCUGUGGAAUGACAGUGAAUACUUAGCGACCUUGUCAAGAGGUCCGGAUCUCAGGGGUUUGUCUGCAUAGGAAAGUCUUGGGCUGGCCGCUUAUGUUUUUUUUUCAGAAUGUCCAAACGAAUCAUUUUCGGGAUGGGAAAACGUUUUCAGUGUAAACUUAAAUAACUUUAACCAGAUAUAAAGUAUGUCGAAAAAGAUAAUAGACCUAUAUAUUUUUUAACUAAGAUUUUAUUUGAGAACUAACAAUCACCGAAAUAAAAGCUAGACAGUCAGGGAGAAUUUAAAAUUACCAAAAUGAUGCGUUCAGCAGUAUUUUUGUCAUGGCAUGAGGCCCUCAUUGAUUGUUAUGAUGUUCGAGUCACUCAGAUAGCAUAAGCCAUGGCAGAAUGUGUAGAAUUGCUGGAAAUGUGAUGUAAAACUGCACAUUUAUCUCUGUCAAAAUGCGUAAAAUGGCCAUGCCCCCCAGCCCCCCCACCCCCCACCAUGCCCAUCACCUAAGUCCCGUUUUGAUCCAGGAAAAAAAACUGGAUCUCUUGGUGUAAUGGCUAAGGUGUUGGGUUGACAGUCGCUGGACCCAGGUUUAAGUCCUGGACAACGAGACCAGACAGAAAUGUCUUCAGAGGAUGCUGUGGAAUGAAUCAUAGAAUCUAGUCAUUCUAUUUCUGCUGAAUGAAUUCUAGUCAUUCUAUUUCUGUUGAAUGAAUGAACUACUUAAGGGCAAGACAACACAAUAAGGAACGUUGACAGUGUGCAAUAGAUCACCUGAUGGGUGUCGACGGAUGGUGGUGAUUCAACAUGUAGGAUUGUCGGAAAACUGAAAAGGAGGGCUGAUGUUCUGUGGUCAGAGGAGAUAGAAAGGCCAAACGCUGCUUUCAGCCGUUCAUCGGCAUGGUCUGUUUUGUCCUCUAGUGCAGUCUUUAAAACUCAAAGCAGAGGAGGCUGGUGGAGGGAGAAAUUAGAGGACAGGUUCAUUGUAAUGGCUGACAUUGAAAAAAUGGAAGGGUAUCAAACACAUCAAACAAAAUGACACCAGCCGCCACUGAAAGGACGAAUUAUUAGGUUCAUCAGGUUGGGAUAAAAACAAGGGAAACACAUUCCAAAGCAGCAAUGUAAAUAUACAGGUAGCUGCCAAGUUAAAGGAAACCCCAACAUAAAGUGUCUUAAUAGGUUGUUGGUCCACCACGAGCCAGUUCAGCUUCAAUGCUCCUUGGCAUAGAUUCUACAAGUGUCUGAAACUCUAUUGGAAGGAUGCAACACCAUUCUUCCACAAGAAAUGCCAUAGUUCUGUGUUUUGUUGACGGUGGUGGAAAAUGCUGCUUCGGGCACCGCUCCAGAAUCUCCCAUAAAUGUUCAGUUGGGUUGAGAUCUGGGGACUGAAACGAACACGAGCACGCACACACACACGCACGCACGCACG